GCCAUGCGCAGGGCUGGCGCGCUCCUCUACCGCGGCCGCGCCCCGAUUGGUCGCCAGAGCCUGCCGCGGUCGGCGCCGCUGGCCGGUGGCCCUGCCUGCCCCGGCCUCCGCCGAGUGGUGCCUCCCCUGGGGCCGCGCGCCGACCCGAGCAGCGCCGUCACCAGGCAACCCGGCCGCACGCGUGCUGCUGCCACCAGCGUUCUCGCAAGCGAGAAGACGACCGACUCAGAGCAGGACGCGACAGAGCUCGACUGGAAGUUCGACCUGGUCCGCUCCGUCGGGGAGGAAUGUCAGACAGAGAAGGAGCUGCGCAACCUGCUCGAGAAGAAGCCAGACUUCGUCUUGUACGAUGGGUUCGAGCCUUCUGGUCGGAUGCACAUUGCGCAGGGCGUCUUCAAGACCAUCAACGUAAACAAGUGCACGAAAGCGGGAGGGACGUUCAUCUUCUGGGUGGCCGAUUGGUUUGCCUUGAUGAACGACAAGAUGGGCGGUGACCUCGAGAAGAUCAAGACAGUAGGCAAGUACCUCAUUGAGGUGUGGAAGGCCAGCGGCAUGGACAUGUCACGCGUGAAGUUCCUCUGGUCCUCCGAGGAGAUCAGCAGCAAGGCGGAGGCGUACUGGGGGCAAGCCCUUGACGUCGCCUGCCGGACCACGUUGGCCAGGGUCAAGAAGUGUUGCCAGAUCAUGGGUCGGCAGGAGGACAAGCUCACUGCGGCACAGAUCCUCUACCCCAUCAUGCAGUGCGCGGAUAUCUUCUUCCUGCGGGCGGACGUGUGCCAGCUGGGGGUGGACCAGCGCAAAGUGAAUAUGCUGGCGCGCGACUACUGCGACGCGGCUGGCAGGAAGCUGAAGCCCGUCAUCCUGUCUCACCACAUGCUCCUGGGCCUGAAGAAGGGGCAGGCGAAGAUGUCGAAGUCGGACCCCGACAGCGCCAUCUUCAUGGAGGACGCGCCCGAGGACGUGGCGCGCAAGGUCCGCAACGCCUACUGCCCCAAGCUCGCGGAGGAGAUGCCGGAGACAGAGGCUUUGUGCGCAAGCAAGCAGACGUGA